UAAUAAAUUUAUUCUUGGGAGGUUAAUUUCCAAAAUAAAAUAAAAAAAAAACAAUAAUUAAAGGCAAAAAUAAAAGAAGUGUAAUAAAGUAAUAAAUAAAAAAAUAUUUUAAAAAUAUUAAAAGAAAUUUUAAUGAACAAAAAAAACUUAAAUUUCAUUAUAAAAUAUUAAAGUCUACCAUUUUGAUAGAACUUGGAUAAUAACUAUAAAAAUUUAUUCUUUAUUAUAAGAAAAAAUUAAAUAAAAAUGGCAUUUUCUUUAUUACAAAGAAAUUUGUUAAAUACUGGUGUUAAAAUUUUUGAAAAAAAUUUAAUACCAAGUUCUGCAUCAGUUGGUGUAACAAAUCUUUUAAAUGAAGUGGUUGAAGUAAAAAAGGUACAUACACUUUCAAUAUCAGGUUCGAGAUCAAAUAUACAAUUACCACAAAAACCAUUUUCAUCUGUUAUACCAAAUAUUAUAACAACAACAAAUACAACAAAACAUACUAAAAAAAUACCAAGUGUAUGUAAUGGAAAUUUUUGUUUAUUAAAUAGACAACAAUCGAGACAUUUAAAUUCAAGAGAUUAUUCUUUAUCAAAGAAAUCAUCAAAAGAAAAAUUGGAACAUGAAUAUGAUAGUGAUUCAGAUUCAGAUAAUGAUGAAGUAUAUGAAAAGAAUCAUCCAAAAGGGAAACAAAGGGGUGAUUCCGAAUUUUGGCGUCGUAAAAUGAGAACAUUACAUGGUAUUUUAGACAUUAAUAAUGAUGGUGUUAUAUCAUUCGAUGAUUUUAUGUUAUUAACCCGGAAAUUUACUGAUUUAGGUCAUUUAGGACCAAAUACUUCAACUGAAUUUCUUGAAGUUAUGAAGAAAACAUGGGAAGAUCAAUGGGGUGAAAUAACACCAUAUAAUUUAGUAACAGCUGAACAAUUUUUAACUGAUAUGCAUCAUGCCUUAAAUGAUAAAGAUUUAGUUAAAAAUAUUGGUAAAUUUUUACCAUAUUUCUUUAAGGCAGUUGAUAUAGAUCGUUCUGGUUAUUUAGAUCUUCAUCAAUUUAAAUUAUUUUUUAAUUGUUUGGGAUUAACUGAUGAAGAUGCUGCUGUUUCAUUUGCUGUGAUAGAUAAAAAUGGAGAUGGUAAAUUAACUCUAAAAGAGUUUGUUAAAUUAGGAAAAGAAUAUUUCCUUACUGAAGAUGAAAGACGAGUAUCGAGAAUGUUUUGGGGACCAUUAAUUAAUCAUUAGGUUAAGUUUUAAAAAAUAAGAGAUCAAUAUUAUAAAUAAAUAAUAAAAGCAAAUAAAAUGUAAAAGAUGGAAGACUUAAAAAAUGAAGAAAAACAAAAAAAAAAAUUACAUUUAUUCUAAUGUAUAAAUUUGAAUUUUUUUUUGGGCUCAAAAUUUUAAAAUUAAUUUAUAUUAAUAUUAUAAUUUUAUAACUAUAUUUUGGACGAAUCAAAAUUAAAAUUUUAUAAAAAUUAUUAUAAUUAAUUUUUUUUUAGUAGAUGUAUUCAAAAAUAAAACUUAUUUCUAAUUUUAAGAGAGAUGGUUUCCAAAAUGAAUAUUAGACCGAUGUAUAACACUUAUAUACAAAAACAUUUUUUUAUAUUAUAUAUAUAUACAAGUAUAUUUAAAAUAGUUUUAUAUAUAAAUAUUAUUUAAUUUCUUUUUUUUUUUUUGAAU